CCGCUCCGUCGAACACGUGUGUCCUGAUAUUCUGGAGGCAUUCCUCCACAAGCCUAUCGAAGGUGAACAGAUCUUCUUUCAUCCUCAAUAUCUGCUCAUCUCACUAAUGUUUGCUUGUGCUUGUUUUCUUCAACCCGAAUGCCCACGGCUCGAAGUUUGUUCGCCAUAUCGGUCGCUUACCCCGCAUCCUCUAUCCUGCCGUCAUUUUCCCGUCGCCGAUAAAGACAACGUGGCGCUCCCAACGGAAAAUGCCUCGUCAAACGCUAAAACAAAAGCUAGAGGUGAAGCGGCUGUGGUGGCACAAGCAGCUUGACGUCAGAGCGUUGUUGGUUUUUCAACGUCUAUUGCGGUUUUACAACACCUUUGUCGUCCUAGCCGCUCUUGUCAGCGGUUUGGCCGUCGCCGCUCUGACCUUCCCAGACUUCCAUCCCAGCUCCGGGCCUAGUCAAGUCGGCGAAGGUCUUCUCUGUAGCUCGGCCAUCACGGCUGUUUUGUCGGCAGUCAUGGCCACGAUGCUGCUUUUUGCGUUUGAGGGAAUCGAACGAGCAAGCCGGAUGGACCUCGCGGUGGCUUGGUCGCCAUUAGUACUGUUGGACAUAUCGAUCCUCGAAUUCCUUGUUGGGAUGACCUGCUGGUAUUGCGGCAAGAAUGUUCCUUGGAGAGGAGCAUUGAUGGCAGUGCAGCUGACUUGGCUGAUGGGAUUUUGCGUCGUGCUUUCGAUUUGGGUGUGGUUCCACCUCAGUCGCAAAGGGGGACUUGGGGUUGCAGAAAGGCAGGUGGCCACAGAACAAAGGCGUGCUGCAGAUGAGUAGAUAGCAGCACGCGAUCACUUACACACAUCGAGAGAGAAACUGUAGCAAAUGGUGCAAAAAUCAAGUCAACGAGACCACCACAACAUAUGGCACGUUUGGAUGUAUCUCAUGUAUCCCCCGAGGGAGAAUUCGAUGCUGAAGUCGACUCGACCACAUCUGCAGCUGGCAACCUCAUCGAGAACGAAAUGAGGCACAAGGUAUGGCAGAAUCUUACCAAAUUAGGACAAAGUUUAACAUCAUUAGUACGAGUUUUGGAAAGGUUGGGGCGUGCUGGGAUUAUUAACCAUUGUUUUGAUGUCCCUUUCUUCUUGCAUCCACGACCCUUAAUAUGUCUGAACUGUUGUAGUUGGGGAACACUGAUAUUGAAGGUGGAUUGAUAG